CAUGGGGUUGCUUUGGAAGGGCUCUUUCCAGACCCGGCAACGGCCAGCGCAUCUCGGGAGGGAAUCGGCCAGCCAGCCAAGGCCGCCCCCCGCCGCCCAGGGCUUAGGUUCGUUUGACGUGGCCUCCCCUCGAAGCCGUGCCUACCGCAGCAGCAGCAGCCCGGGAGAGAGAGCCGCCGGGGGCUGGGCUGGGCUGAUCGAUCACUCUAAGGGCGGCGGCGACGGCCUCUCUCUCGUCUUCCCCUCCAGUUCGGCAGCCCCGAGGACUCGUCCUUCUCCUCGCCGUGAGCCUUUCUCGUCGGCAAGAGCAUUAUGCUCGGCUCAACCCGCUUGGAUCGGAUUGCCUGCGCUCCCGGGGGCACCGGAAGGGCGACCGAGGGCAUCCAUGCCCCCUCCCGCCUCUGCUUGCCCUUGGUCCUGAUGCUGCUGGCUCUGACGCCGCGGGCGGACUCCUCUUGGUGGUACAUUGGGGCCCUGGGGGCACGGGUGAUCUGUGAUAACAUCCCCGGAUUGGUCAAUAAACAGCGGCAGCUGUGCCAGAGUUACCCAGACAUUAUGCAGUCGGUUGGGGAGGGAGCAAAGGAAUGGAUCCGGGAAUGCCAGCACCAAUUCCGUCACCACCGCUGGAACUGUAGCACUUUGGACAGAGACCACACAGUCUUUGGCAGAGUCAUGCUACGAAGUAGCAGGGAAGCAGCCUUUGUCUAUGCAAUCUCCUCAGCUGGAGUUGUAUACGCCAUCACCCGGGCUUGCAGCCAAGGCGAGCUAAAGGCCUGCAGUUGUGAUCCCCACAAACGGGGCCGCUCUAAGGACGAAAGAGGGGAGUUUGACUGGGGGGGCUGCAGUGACAACAUCAACUAUGGAAUCAAAUUUGCAAAGGACUUUGUGGAUGCCAAGGAGAAAACAGUGAAGGAUGCCCGGGCCCUGAUGAAUCUGCACAACAAUCGCUGUGGCAGAACGGCUGUGAAACGUUUCCUGAAACUAGAGUGCAAAUGUCAUGGUGUCAGUGGCUCCUGUACCUUAAGGACUUGCUGGUUGGCGAUGUCAGAUUUCCACAAAACAGGAGAUUACCUCCGGAAGAAGUACAAUGGUGCCAUCCAAGUAACUAUGAACCAGGAUGGCACUGGAUUUACUGUGGCCAAUAAGAACUUCCGCAAACCCACAAAAACAGACCUUGUGUAUUUUGAGAACUCACCUGAUUACUGCGUGAUGGACAAGUCUGCAGGUUCAUUAGGGACAGCUGGACGAGUGUGCAACAAGGUCUCACGUGGGACUGAUGGAUGUGAGGUCAUGUGCUGUGGCCGAGGUUAUGACACCACCCGAGUGAGACGAGUCACCAAAUGUGAGUGCAAAUUCCAUUGGUGCUGUGCUGUCCGCUGCAAGGAAUGUGAAGACACUGUGGACAUUCACACAUGCAAAGCACCAAAGAGGGCAGAGUGGAUAGACCAAACCUGAGACAGUUAUGAGCCAGAGGGGGAAAGCAAAACUGGCAGUGCCCCAGGUCUUGGGCAUUCUGGGAAUUGUAGUUCAACUGCAUGGCUUUUUUAUUUAAUUAAUACUGCAAAGCACUAAGGAGAAGACUACAUUUCCCAGGGGAAGGGGUAGUGAGCUCUUCUGCUCACCCAACAGAACUCAUCCCCCUACUUUAAAAUGGUAUUUGCAAAUGACACUGAACUGUGAAGCUUCCUAUGUCUGGUGAUAUUGUGCAAAAAAAAAAGAAAAAGAAGACAAUGCGGUUGCUUAGGAGCACAGGAGACUGAGAAGCAGGUGGCAAAUAGCUGGAGAAUCCCGCUGCUAUCUAAAGAAUGUUUGGGCAGUAAAUUAUAAAAUGCUGCCUAACCUGCAAAAAAUCCCUCUGUCUACAGUGGAAGAAAGCACUCUUAUUUCCCUAAGGAAGAUGGCUCUACAGUCCUAAGGAAUUCCACACUCUAAGGAUCUCUGCUCAAACAGAGGCCACCAUGCCUGCACUAAGGACAUCAGCUGAACAAGAGCAACUUUGUGCGAAAGGGACUUCAUUAUUUUUCCUUUCCAACGGAAAGCAAACUAUGGAGUUACAAAACUGUCUGCAAAAAGAAAAUCAGUAUCUACAUACAGAGGGAGGGAAAAGGAUGAAAGUUGGGAGUACGUGUGUAUAUCUGGACAUGCUGGUAGGUUCUAAAGGAAACUAAUAUAAAGGUGGCAUUUGGGUACAAACUCACUUGUACAUCAUGUAGACUGCUUUAAAUACUUUAAAUCAAAAACCCAUAUAAACCUAUAGCAGAUAAUGGUGCUCUUUGCUUUGUGACUUUCUACAUUCAUGGCUAGCUAGGCAAGUACUGGACAGGUUCUGCCCUACAUUGUUAUUGCACUACAUAAUCUCUGUGCUUCUAGGACAUAAAGACAAAGCAAAUUUCUUGAGGCAGCAUAAUGAUGUUUUUGUAUCACCAAGGUAAGACUUCUCUGCACCUUCACAAGCACUCCCUCUGUUCCUCCAAACAGAAUCCUUGCAUCUUUCCUCUUUUCUGCCACUCUUCCUUGCCUGGCCAGUCUGUUGAUGGUCCAUCUCUUUCCAUUGCCUGAUGUACAAUUCUUGGAUAUGCUUUUGUUUCGGCCUCCACUGAGAUUACAAAGCUGUAGCCAUUGCUGUCUCCUCAACUUUCUUCUCCUUCCAGAGUGGAUCAGACAGACACAAAUCUCUUAUGUUUCCCCACAAAGGAUGAAAGGGUACUUGGGGUAUUGUCUCAUGGAAUCACAGGCAGCUCCCAAGUCAUAGUUUUGAUCACCUGAAACGCAGUGCAGCUUUUUACCCCAUCUAGUGAAUAAAGUCGUUAGGCCAAACUCGGUAAAUGGAUCUUUCAAAAUGCAGAGUUGUCGGACCCUUCUGCUCACCCAGCAAGCAGGUUCACACACAAGCGGGGACUUGCAAGUAUAAAAAUGGUCAUGUGUGAAAAACUUUCAAGGUCUUGGGUAUAAAAGGUGUUUGUCAAGCCCAGGUGUCAGUCUUUAUGCCACACCACUUUACAAUUUAGUGGCGACUGUGUGGGCUUUGUCUCUGGAGCAGAGACCUAGGAUGAAACCAGGACUGUUAAGCUUGUUUAGGUUCACAGUGUUGUUAUAACUUUUGCGAGCUCAGCAGAAGCCAGUUGAAUCAGAAGUCCUCAUGGCACACCCACACCACAGGGCUGAACCAGUUUUGUUGAACAACUAUUGGAGCUUCACAUCUGCAAUCAGCAUA